GCUGAGUGGUCAUCAUGAUGCCCGGCCCCCGGUAAGCAGCAGGCCGCCAUGGAGUGCACUAUACCCGUUCAGUGCCAGCUCCUAUUCCGGGCCUGCGAAGAUGGAGAUUACGAGAGCGCCCGGCGCUUGUUGGACCCAAGCACCGAGCCGGCCCAGUCCGGAGCCCGCAGCCAGUUGGGUAUAGGCCGGGAGGUAAGCUCCGAGCUGUCCGGGGCCCCAGGGGUGGGAGCUGUGCCAGACGGUGAAGUGGUGCCUGUAGACUGCACGGAUGAGGAAGGUAACACCGCCCUGCAGCUGGCUGCCGGAGCCGGGCAUGAACCGCUAGUCAGGUUCCUGCUCAGGAAGGGCGCCUCGGUGGACAGCAGAAACCACUAUGGCUGGACCCCGCUUAUGCAGGCUGCCAGGUCAGGACAUUUAAAUGUUGCACUAAUACUACUGGAAAAUGGUGCAGAUGUAAACGCACAAAAUCGUUUGGGUGCCAGUGUCCUCACCGUAGCAUCGAGAGGUGGACAUGUGAGUGUGGUCAAGCUACUUUUAGAAAGUGGUGCCUUUGUAGACAAUUAUGAUCAUUUUGAUGUCAAUAUGGUGGGCAGCAACAGCCACAGAGAAGAUAUGCCAGAUAUAACUGCUUUGAUGACUGCCGUGCAACACGCACAUGAGGCUGUAGUGCGCCUCCUACUGGAAUGGGGAGCUGAUGUGAACUAUCGUGUGAAGACAACUGGGUGGAACCCAUUAUCUCUGGCAGCACUUCAUGGGCGAGUAAGUGUGGCACAGCAACUAGUGGAUAGGGGUGCUGAUCCUGAUCAAAUAAAUGUUCUGGGCAAAACACCUUUUGAGAUUGCCCUCAACUUCAAGCACAAAGACAUGAAGGAUUAUCUUGACUCCAUUACAACAAUUCGCCCUAAAACAGAUGAAGAAAAGAGAAGACCUGAUAUCUUCCAUGCAGUGAAAAUGGGGAAUUUACAGCUUAUUAAGGAGAUUAUAGAUGAAGAUCCCAAUCAAGUAAAUGCGGUUAAUGCUGAUGGAGCAUCCCCUCUAAUGAUCGCCGCAGUAACAGGAAAACUGGAACUGGUGCAGCUUCUGGUUGACAAGAAUGCAGACAUCAAUAAGCAGGACACUGUACAUGCAUGGACAGCUAUGAUGCAGGCCACUUACCACGGCAACAAAGAAGUUGUAAUCUAUCUGCUAAAUCAAGGAGCUGACGUCAGUCUUCGUGCAAAAAAUGGAUACACUGCAUUUGAUCUCGUAAUGCUGAUUAAUGAUCCAGACACCGAGCUUGUUAGAUUGCUGGCUUCUGUCUGUCUGCAAAUGGACAAAGAAAAGUCAAAGCAGAAGAGUAAAUCACCAAUGCUCAGCUCCAAGAAUAAACAGUCAUUUCACAUCCCACCGCCUCCAGAUGACAAGGCCGGACUGAAGUCAUGGUGGAACAGGAUGUCAAACCGUUUUCGGAAGCUGAAAUUGACACAAACACUCCGACAUGGAUUCUCCAAUAACCGCUUGGUGCCUCUAACUGAAAAUGCCAGUGCAUCUCUAGACUCGGUGCGAAGAACGUCGUCCCAAACUGAUACAAUGAAUCCACGGAGACCAGACUCUUCUACUGCAUGGACUACUUCUAGCAAGGAUAGUGGUCUGGGCUCUACGAAGACUGAGAAUGAUGACGUACUACUGACUACAAUGUUAAAGAAUGGAGCACCCUUUGCCAAACUCCCAAAUGACAAGCUAAAAGCUGUAAUCCCACCAUUCCUACCUCCUUCCAACUUUGAGCUGUGGAAUUCUGACAGAUCCAGGAUCAGCAGGGAUGGUAAAAUAGAGCAGAGCCGAACAUCAAUGCCGCAGAGGCUCUCAAAACCCAAUUUCAACAGCAGUGGGAAUUCUGAUAUUACCUCAGUCAGUCGAGCACAGAGAACAGUUAAAUUCCCAAGCCUGCCGAGGAGCCCCACUUCUCCAUCCAAUUCGGGGAACUUCAAUCAUUCACCUCACUCUUCUGGAGGAGCGAACAGUGUCACAGGUGGAAGUGCCGAUAAUGUGCUGUCUCAAAUAGCAGCUCAGAGGAAAAAGGCCGCUAGUUUAUCUGAGCAAAAAGCUCAGCCACACAGUCCAAGUAACACAGUGCGUGGAUCUACUAUGACAGAGCAGCAAAGAGCCAAUCACAGCAACGGACAUUUGCUAAAGGGGAAAAUCGAAAUAAUAAAACGUCCUCCUUCUGGGACUUCUACAACCUCUAAAAGUACAUCUCCGACUUUGACUCCAUCUCCAUCACCAACUCCAAAGGGACGCCUUGCAGAGUCAUCUGUCUCCUCCUCUUCGUCUCACAAGCAGUCUAAAAGCAGUGGUGGCUCUAGCAGUGGGACUAUUACAGAUGAAGAUGAGCUGUCUGCCAUUCUUAAAAAGUUGUCAUUGGAAAAGUACCAACCAAUUUUUGAAGAGCAAGAGGUUGAUAUGGAGGCUUUCCUCACUCUUACUGAUGGAGAUUUAAAAGAGUUGGGGAUUAAAACAGAUGGUUCCAGACAACAGAUAUUGGCAGCUAUUUCUGAACUCAACGCAGGAAAGGGCCGUGAGAGACAGAUUCUGCAGGAAACUAUACAUAACUUCCAUUCUUCUUUUGAGAGCAGUGCUAGUAAUACACAACCUCCUGGAUCUCAGCAAUCUCCGUCUGUUUGCACAAAACCGAAAGUUCCUGUUUCUAAUAAAAGGUAGCGCCUGGCAGUAAAGUACGAACCCGAUAACCAGAAGCAGGUUUUCUUGAAACCUAAUUGACGCCAGCGUCUUGCCCCCCCCAAGGGCACACAGACACUGAAGCACGCGCUAUUCACCGGUGACAGCUUCAGGGAACGAAGGUCAACAUAUGUGCACUCAGGACUGUCAGAGGCCAGAACGUGAAGAGAAAAACCACCAGUAGGAGAGAAUAAAAGAGAGAACAAAGUUUAAAGAAUUAUGGAUUUCUUAUGACAUAGAAAGAAAGUGCGAGAAGGAACAGAGGAACUGAAUAAAUCACAAUUGUGAUUCAAGUUGAUUUAGGAAUUAUAUAUCAAUCUCACAGUGUGUACAAAUAUUUAAUGGGAAACUUGAAUAAACUUAACCUAUUUUAAGUUAAGAUAAUAAAGGGAAUACCAUGA